AUGACCGUCGCUGCUCUGCGACAUGUGAGGCAGAUUGCUCAAGCGACUACUGGAGAAGUUCAGUAUUGUGGUGGACGCCAGCCUGCAGUUUUAACUUUUAAGAACUUUCAGGCAGAGACUGCCGUGGUUUCAAUGAUAUUGUUAAUGGUUUUGUGGAUGAUGGAUGGUCUCCUAUUGAGUAGUGAUGGAGGAGAGGAUAUUACAAUCAUGAUCAACUCUUCCUCUUCUAAAUUCGCUGGCUCUCAAUACAGUAACUCUUUUCUUCCAAGUUUUGGAAGCGGUGUCCUCUGUGCCAAGGCUUCUAUGCUAAUGUUCCACCUUGUACUGAUUCGGUUCCUGAGAGAACAUCGAGCUGAAUGGGCAGACUAUGGUGUUGAUGCUUAUUCUGCUGCAUCCCUCAGAGCAACUCCAUUCGCUGUUCCUUGCGUUAGAACUGGUGGGUUCCCAAGUAACCAAGUCAUUCUCCCUCUCGCACAGACGCUUGAACAUGAAGAGUUUCUUGAAGUGGUUAGACUUGGAGGUCAUGCUUACUCACCCGGAGACAUGGGCUUAUCCCAGGAUAUGUAUCUACUGCAGCUUUGCAGUGGGAUUGAUGAAAAUGUGGUUGGAGGUUGUGCUCAGCUUGUCUUUGCCCCUAUCGAUGAAUCUUUCGCUGAUGAUGCACCUUUGCUUCCUUCUGGUUUCCGUGUCAUACCACUCGAUCAAAAAGCAACUCCGAACGAUCAUCUGUCUGCGAAUCGAACACGGGAUCUUGCAUCAUCUCUAGAUGGUUCCACUAAAACUGACGCAGAAACAAACUCAAGAUUGGUCUUGACCAUAGCGUUCCAGUUCACAUAUGAUAACCACUCAAGGGACAAUGUUGCUGCAAUGGCGAGACAGUAUGUGAGGAAUGUUGUAGGUUCGAUUCAGAGAGUGGCUUUAGCCAUUACUCCUCGUCCUGGCUCAUUGCAGUUUCCCACUUCCCCUGAAGCUCUCACUCUGGUCCGUUGGAUCUCUCGUAGUUACAGCAUUCAUACUGGCGCAAACCUGUUGGGACCUGAUUCUCAAGCUUGCGAUGGAGACACAUUGCUUAAGCAGCUCUGGAACCAUACUGAUGCAAUCUUGUGCUGCUCCCUCAAAACUAAUGCCUCACCGGUAUUCACAUUUGCAAACCAAGCUGGUUUAGACAUGCUUGAAACCACGCUAGUGGCACUCCAAGAUAUAAUGCUUGACAAGACUCUCGACGACUCUGGUCGUAAAGCUCUUUGUUCUGAAUUCUCUAAGAUCAUGCAGCAGGGCUAUGCUAAUCUUCCUGCGGGACUAUGUGUGUCGAGCAUGGGAAGACCAGUCUCGUAUGAGCAAGCGACGGUGUGGAAAGUUCUUGACGACAACGAAUCGAAUCACUGCUUGGCUUUUAUCCUCGUGAACUGGUCCUUCGUGUGA